CAGGCGUCUGCUGACUGUAAACUGUAGGAGGGCUUUUCCCCUCUUUCACUUUCAGUCUGUUACUGUUUAGCCCUGUUCUAGGUGUGUGUGUGUGAGAGAGAGAGAGAGACACUCAGAGUGUUAGUAAAUUUAAUCUUGCACGGAUAAACAGUGUUUUCUUGUCAGGAUUUUACAAAGAUUCCCACAAAAGGAGAGCAAAAUGGUGAACUGUGGUCUGUUGACAAACAAGAAUGAGCCAGUUCCCCUAAAGCACAUCGAGGUGGAUCUGCAGGUUCAGGGGCAUGUUGCGGCAGUGACCUCCACCCUGCAGUAUGUAAAUGAGGAAGAGCGCCCCCUGGAGGCUGUGUUUGUCUUCCCCAUGCCUUCAGGAGCUGCUCUCUGCCAGUUCAGUGCCAAGAUUGCAGACCAGGAGAUAGUGGCUGAGGUGCAGGAGAAACAGGAGGCGCGGGAGCAGUACGAUGAUGCACUGAGUUCAGGUGAACAGGCCUUUCUGCUGGAGGAGAGUGAGGAGUCUGCGGACGUGUUCAAGCUGAGUGUGGGCUCUCUGCCCCCAGGCCAGAGCGCUGCUGUCACCUUCGUCUAUAUCACUGAGCUGAGUGUAGAGGCUGACCAUUCACUGUGUUUCUGCCUGCCUGCGGUGCUCAACCCCCGAUACACACCAUCUGGUACAAGUGCUGGUAUAGUGUCAGAGAUAACAUCUAGUUCCACUGGUAUUCCCUACUCUCUCUCUUUUACUGCACAUGUGAGCUCUCCAAACCCCAUCACUAAAGUGGAGUCCAAAUGUCCUCUAGAGCCCCUGAUGUUUCUCAACACAGACCACACAAAGGCAAAGGUAAGCCUUUGUGCAGGUCAUAUGUUUGACCGAGAUGUUGAGCUGUAUCUAUAUUAUCAGAAUCCCCAUCAGCUCACUGCUAUAGUGGAGGCUGGAGCUCCCACGGCACAGCCAGGAUCUCUCAUGGGAGACCCUGUGGUCAUGGUCAGUUUCUAUCCAGAGUUUCCUGAGUCAGUGAUGUCCUCUGUGUCGUCAUGUGGUGAGUUUGUGUUUGUUAUGGACAGAUCUGGCAGUAUGGACUGCAGCAUGCAUAAUGGGCCAGAUGCACAAAAACGCAUCGAGUGUGCCAGGGACACUCUGCUCCUGCUGCUGAAGAGUCUCCCCGUGGGCUGUUACUUCAACAUCUAUGGCUUUGGCUCUCACUAUGAAUCCUUCUUUCUGAAAAGUGUGCAGUACAGUCAGGACACUAUGGAGCAGGCUGUGAAGAAGGUAAAGGAGAUGCGAGCAGACAUGGGAGGUACAGAAAUUCUGCGACCUCUGGAACACAUUUACAAACAGCCUUGCAUCCCCAACCACCCAAGACAGCUGUUCAUAUUUACAGAUGGUGAAGUAGGAAACACCAGAGAUGUUCUUCACUGUGUGAGGAGCAAUGCUGAUUUCCACAGAUGCUUCUCAUUUGGGAUUGGUGAAGGUGCAAGUUCUACACUCAUUACAGGAUUGGCUGAGAAUAGCUCUGGCCACGCCCAGUUCAUCACAGGAACUGAGCGCAUGCAGGCCAAAGUAAUGCAGUCUCUCCGCUAUGCUUUACAACCAGCAGUGAUUGAUAUCACUGAGGAUUGGAGUGAUGUGUCUUUCACCCGUCUGAGCCCCCCGAUUAAAACACUUUUCCAUGGUCAAAGAGCACUGAUUUAUGCCCAGUUGAAAGGAGAGGAGUGUCAGAAACCAGAUGCUAAGGGGAAAAUAUCAGUGAGGUACCGCCUAGGAGAUCAAGAGGUCUCAAACACUGUCAACUUCUCACUGAAGCCUGCCGAGAAUAGCGGACUGGCCAUCCACAGGCUGGGCGCUCGCUCUCUGAUCUGCUCUCUGGAAAGGGACGAGCAAGUUGAUGGAGCUGAUAAAAAGGCUCUGAAGGCCAGAGUGGUGGAACUGAGUAAGCAGUCUGGAGUGAGCAGCUCACACACAGCCUUCAUAGCUGUCCAUAAGGGCAGCGGACAAGCUGUGAAAGGACCACUGGUGACGAGGAGAAUUCCUACCCCAAGGAGGAUGAGGGUAUGUGCAUCAAUGGGACCAUUUGUACCAUAUGCAUCUGCCAUGAUGAUGCAAGGUUCAUCUAGGCUAUCUUGCCAGGGGGUGCAAGGUUCAUCUAUGCCAUCUUACCAUUCAGUGAUGAUGCAAGGUUCAUCUAUGCCAUCUUACCAGGGGGUGCAAGGUUCAUCUAUGCCAUCUUACCAGGGGGUGCAAGGUUCAUCUAUGCCAUCUUACCAUUCAGUGAUGAUGCAAGGUUCAUCUAUGCCAUCUUACCAGGGGGUGCAAGGUUCAUCUAUGCCAUCUUACCAGAUGAGUUCGGCUAUACCAGUGGGUAUUCCUAGAAUCUGUGGUCAAAUGAAAUCGGUAAAGAAACUGGCAUAUCAUCCAGUGGUAGAAUGUGAUGGAGGUUUUGACAUUAACCCAGAAACUUCUGAGGCUCCAAAGGACCUGUUGUUGCAGCUCAUCUCCCUCCAAAAGGCUUCAGGUUGCUGGGAAAUGGAGUCUGCUCUUGCAGAGGUGUUUGGGAGGACAGAAGAAGAGCUGAUCAAGCAGAUUCCUGCACAGGUGAAGCCAGAUGUCUGGGCUACACUUCUGGCACUGAUUUGGUUACAUGGCUUUAAGAUUGAUGCACAGGUUGAGUGGCAAAUUUUGGCCAUGAAAGCAGUGGCAUGGAUCCGCACUCAGAAAGUGAUCAACCAGUCAGAGUGUGUACGAGUAGGUAACGCUCUACUGGGCUGUCAGGUUAAAGAAGAUGCUCUUGGGUUCUGAAGAUUUUACCCUCUUACAGCAUCCACACAAAAGUCUUGGCAUAAUUUCUCUUUCCUACAAUUUAAAAGAGCUUUACUUGUAUUAGCAUGCUUUUACAUAUAAGAUAAUGAUGUCAGUGGACCUACUAGUAUGACCACAAAACACUUUAAUAUGGGGAAAAAGUAAACAAAUUCAUAAACAUCUUUGCACAUAUUUGGUUGUCAUUUGCAAAGAAUUCAAUUUAAAUACAAGAGCAACAUCUUUUGUAAAAUCCUUUCUUUAAUUCAGGUUUUAUUUUAACAUGCAUUUGAUUAUGUGUACAAGAUCAGUGAGUCACAGGUUUAAUGCAAUCAAUGCCUGCUAAUGAUUAAUGUCCAUGUGUAUAAAGGAUAUUUGAAGUUUUUAAUAAAAGUUCAUAAUAACAGCAACAAUAGUUGUUGUUUUAGUGGCUAUAUUAUAUAUCAGGUUUUGUCACCCAUCAGUCCUCAUGCAUCAGCGCAAGAGUUGUUUACUAUCUACCCUGUAAGAGAUGCAAUCAGCUGUACAUCAGAGAAACCAGCAGGAGACUGGCUGAUUGUUAUGUCGAGCACCUUCACACCAUCAGAAUAAAGGAUUUCUCUCUUCUAGUGAGGAGACACUUCAACAGUGAUGGACAACAUUAAAUACAUCUCUGUUUGCAUUGCUAGUUGUUAUGGGAGCAAUGAAUUGAGGACGUGUAAGGAGAAAGAGCUCAUCUUCAGUCUUGGAACUACAUUAUCAAUCAUUUACUGAUAUUUACUGAUUUCACUUUAAACAUUUUUAGAAGCACUUUGCUUGCACAGCUGAUGAACAACUUUUGUCUGAAAUGUCCCAAGAAACUUUGUAUUUUGCUUGGCUUUUACUAUAUACGUUACUUUUAUUAUAUCUGUUAACUGAAUAAUAUUGCUUUAUUGAAAUCUCACAUAUGAAAGUGCUAAUUGUGAGACCUCAUUUAUACUUAGCUGAUACAUACUGUUAGUUGUUAAUCAACAUAAAACUCAUUUAUGAA